GGGGGAAAAAAAAAAACCUACCAGCACUUUAAGGGGAAGCAAUUCCAACCAAGAAUGGGGCCCACACAUAUCUACAAGCCCUUGUAUAGAACUAUAGAUAGAUGGUAUAGCUUUCACCAACCUCUUCUGAUACCCAUUUGGCUCAAAUCCUUUUUGCAUCAUUGAAAUGAAUAUUUGGUGAUUGAGUGGAUUAAUGAUAGGUGCAUGGAUUACAUAGUCAUAAGGAAGUAGAUUGUAAAGAUGGUGAGGUACCAACCAAACUGGGGACAAAAACAAAAACAGGGAACAGAGAGAAUUAAAAGCUGUUUUAUGCAAAAGUGGAGGGUGAAAAAAAAGGGAAGGUGAGGUAAAGAGAACAACUGUGCAGGACAACAGAAGCAAAGUGACAUUACUGCUUACAACUGCCAUGGUCAGGGAUUCCUUGGAGUAGCAUUAAAGCUUAUGCUAUUGGAUCCUUCUCACCAUAGCCACCCAACUCCAGUGAAUAAGGUUCCUCUUACCUCUUUUAUGAGAUUUUACUCCUCCCAAGUGAGUUUUCUUUUUCUAUUUCCUAUGGUGAGAGUAGUUCUCAGAUGAAGAGAGAAAUGGGCUCUGCUGCAAAGUGCUUCUGCUUUCUCUCCCUCAUCUCCUUCACACUCCUUUUCUUCAACUUCCAGCUUAUGGGCACUGCUAGUUUUCAAGAAAGCCAGAAUGUGAGGGGAGAUGAGGGGCUUCAUGUUCUCUUAAAGAUUAGAUUGCUACUUGGUUUGAAGAGUUCCACUUUGAAAGGACCAGCUCACCAUGGCUAUCACUAUUCUCCUGCUCCAGCACCAGUUGAAGAAGUCAUACCACCAGGUCAUGUGCCUCAACUCCACACCCAUGUCGACCCCCCCCACACACCGCAUUCUCAUCGAGCUCAUAUUUCGCCGUCGCAAAGUUUGGGACACCAAAGGGAUAAUAGAGCCAAGAAAAGACUUCGAAGAAUAGCCAUCAUCGUUGCAGUGUCGGCGGGAUUUUCUGCAAUUGUUCUUGGUAUUGCAAUAGUGUUAGUUUAUAAGAGGUCCUCAAGAAGAACUACGAAGAGAUCUGAUAGACCAUUGCAGGUAUUCGGCAACAAAUCUAAGUCUCAUAUGGUGCCGAACGUAACGAGCAAGGUGAGUUUUGAUCCUGGCCCAGAGCUGUUUUAUCUGAAUUCCCUAGCACCAUACCUAGAGAAUGAUGACUCUAGCCUUAAACAGAGACCUGAAUCUAAUAAUGUCUCGGUAAAUGAAAGCUUAUCUAGUUCUCCACUACUACUCAAUGGAGAAGUAAUGAAGUAUCAGCCAGAUUCUAUAAACCGUUCAGAUGAAGAGAAACCUCCGAUUGAUAAUUCUCAUUUGGACACCGACGACGAGUCUUUCCAUUCCAUUUGCUGUUCACAUUCCUCGAAUGGUUCUGUCUCUGAUGUCUUCUUAUUAAAACAAAGUCACCUUUCUAUAAAAUGUUCCUCUCCAUGUUUUCCGCAAAAAGAUUUUUCUCCCUCUAAUUCCUCCGAUAAAUCGAUCUCACCCAAUUUUCGAUCCCAACAUUGCAUUCCUUUUGAUCAGAAAAGAGCUUCUAAUCCGUCUCCAAGAAGCUUGCAAGCCGAAGCAUUUCAAAUUCCACCUACACCAUGUAAUCAGGAUAGAGUAUUUCAUGUGUCUCCUAAAUCUUCAAUGUCUCAUGGUGUUCCCAAGUUGCAAGAAACUGAUCUCCCAAGCACCAAAAUUUGUUCCGAAUCCCUGAAAAUGUCACCAAGACAAAGCUAUCCUUCCUACGGCUCAGUAAACUCGACAGCAAAAAAAGAAACAACCCCAUUCCCUUCAAAUUUAGACUUAAUAUCUACUCCGAAGGGAACUCCAAAAGAAUCAAACACAUCCCCGAGCACUUCAAUUUCGACUAACGAUAAACUACCUCGAACUCCUCCACUGCCACUGCGUGGCACAGGAGCACCAACGCCACCGCCUCCACCUCCGCCUCUGCCUCCGCCCUUCAUGUCAGUUUCAAAUCGGAAAGGGUCCAAUUCCGGCCCUCCUCCUCCGCCUCCGUGCCCAAUUCUGCUAACUACACCAGGCAGCAAAGAUGGUUCUUCCCUGCCGAAGUUAAAGCCACUGCAUUGGGACAAAGUACGAGCGGCACCCGACCGUUCCAUGGUAUGGGACAAGAUCAGAUCGAGCUCAUUCGAGUUGGAUGAGAAGAUGAUUGAAUCACUCUUUGGGUAUAACAUGAAAAAUUCAGCCAAGCAUGAAGAAGCAAAGAACAAGACCCAAUCUCCAAGCAAGCAUGUCAUGGAGCAUAAGAGGCUGCAAAACAUCACUAUAUUGUUGAAGGCAAUUAACUCAACAAGUGAGCAAGUAUGCGAUGCUUUGACAAAAGGAAAUGGGCUGUCUGUGCAGCAAUUGGAAGCACUGGUCAAGAUGACACCGACAAAGGAAGAAGAGGAGAAGUUCUCUUUGUAUGAUGGGGACAUCGAUGAGUUAGAUCCAGCAGAAAAAUUUGUCAAGGUGGUAUUAAGCAUACCAUUUGCAUUUUCAAGAGUUCAAGUAAUGCUAUACAGGGAAACUUUUGAAGAUGAAGUUGCUCACCUAAGAAAAUCCUUUGCAAUGCUUGAAGAAGCUUGCAAAGAACUUAGGUCAAGUAGGCUUUUCUUAAAGCUACUUGAAGCUGUUCUUAAAACAGGAAAUAGGAUGAAUGUCGGGACAAUACGAGGCGGCGCAAGAGCAUUCAAACUUGAUGCUUUGCUUAAACUAGCCGAUGUGAAAGGCACUGACGGGAAGACUACUUUACUCCAUUUUGUUGUUCAAGAGAUGAUUCGAUCCGAAGGUCUAAGUGCCAUGGAGUCGAAAUCGAUAAAUGCACCACAAAAGAAUACACGGAGCGCCGAGGAAAGAGAAGAGGAUUACAAGGCAAUGGGUCUAGACCUUGUUUCAGGACUAGUCAGCGAGCUCUGCAAUGUUAAGAAAACUGCUAGCAUAGACCUGGAUGUUUUGAUAAGCUCGGUCUCGAAUCUCUCGUGUGGAAUGGCUCAGAUGAUACAACUUGUGGAGAAGGAUUUAAUGAUCGACGAUACGAAUCGGAGCUUUGUGAACUCUAUGAAACUGUUUAUUGAUCAUGCUGAGAAGACCAUCACAGGGUUAAAAGACGAUGAAAAGCAAGUUCUACUUCAUGUAAGAGAUAUAACCGAGUACUAUCAUGGGGAUAUGAGCAAGGAUGAAGCGAAUCCGCUUCGGAUUUUCGUGAUUGUGAGGGACUUUCUUUGCAUGCUAGAUAGAGUGUGUAAAGAGAUCCAGAGUUCGAGGGCCCAUCGGGGUCCCCAUAUGAUUAUUCCCUUUCGAUGAUGACCAAUCCAUGGGGGUGUAGAGAAGCAAUUAUAGUUUGUUUUCUGUUCGUGAAAAAUGACAAGAAAUAUGAGCUAAAGGACCGGAAAGGGUUGUACCAAGUGCUGAUGAUUGCACAUAUUCUGGUGCUGGUAGUUUGUAUUCAACAUCAAACUUACAGUGAGUUAACAAAAUUUGCGAGUUGUAUCGUCCUUCAGAAAAAUUAUGUUACACAGGUUUACAAUCACAUCGAGAACAAUAACCUCACAGUUAAAGCUAUAAUUCUCAAAGAAGAAAAGAAAAUAAAAGAAUGUGCUUAUUUUCGGCGUGUAUUAGGGCUCAUCAUGUAUACCUGUGUUGCUUUUUACAAAUAAACUAGUAUUUUAUGACUGUAAGAACUGUAUUUUAAUUUUCAUUGUAUCUUCCUUCUCUUUGUUUUUAAAA